CGCACAGUGCUAGAGCCAGGACCACGGGAGCCUCUGAGCGCAGCGACAGCCAGCAGCAAGUGUUUUUCCUUCUCUCCUCCAUUCCCGAGGGCCAGCGCGCAGAGGAGCAGGGAUAUGACAUCCAAUUGAAGCGAAUCUUUGUUUUUAGCCCGCUAGAGAUCAUGAGGCAAGGCUCGAAGCUGCUGGAGACGCUCUUCGUGGGUUUGCUCCUCAUGAGCGUCGCGGUGCAGCGAUCCGACUCAGCGGCUUGUCAUGGAUGUGCGGGUUCCAAAUGUGACUGCAGUGGAGUAAAAGGAGCCAAGGGUGAGAGGGGUCUACCGGGUCUCACCGGCCAGCCGGGUGUCCCAGGGUUCCCCGGACCUGAAGGACCUAUCGGACCCAGAGGAGAGAAGGGAAGUGAUGGACCUCUUGGACCAGGGGGUCCAAAAGGAAUACGAGGUCCUCCAGGAAUGCCAGGAUUCCCAGGACUACCAGGACAACCUGGUCUCCCAGGACAAGACGGGCCUCCGGGCCCAAGAGGAGUGCCGGGUUGUAACGGGACAAAGGGUGAAAGAGGAUUCCCAGGAAAUCCAGGAAUUCCAGGACAGCAAGGAUUGUUGGGUCCACCUGGUCUUCCAGGACCAAAGGGUGACCCAGGUGAUGUGAUUUCCACCAAUCGUUUUGGAGAGAAAGGAGCGAUAGGGUUACCUGGAUUACCGGGGUCACCGGGUCGUCCUGGACCUUCAGGUUUACAAGGACCGAUCGGCCCUCCAGGCCCCCCAGGCUUCACGGGUCGUCCAGGUCCUCCCGGACCACCUGGGCCUAAGGGAAACAUGGGGUUGAAAUUUGAAGGACCCAAAGGAGAGAAGGGAGAGCCAGGCUUACAAGGACCUCCUGGUCCUCCAGGUGGUUCUGGAUCAGAACAGAAGAAACCACAAGAGACAGAGAUUCAAAGAGGGGAAAAGGGUAACACAGGACCACCUGGUCCUCCAGGUGACCCCGGAUUUCCAGGUCCACCUGGUCCUUAUAAUGGACAGAAGGGAGAGAAGGGAGAACCAGGAGAGCAAGGCAAGCGAGGAAAGCCAGGCAAAGAUGGGGAUGUGGGACCUCCUGGAGCACCGGGAAUCAAAGGGGAUCUGGGUCUACCCGGUCUUCCAGGCAGGGAUGGAGAUAGGGGUCAAAAAGGUGACCAAGGAUACCCUGGUCCUCCAGGAGUGGUGAGUCCUAAAGGUGAACCAGGUCUAACAAUAACAGAGAAAGGUCUACCAGGACCAAGAGGAUUGGAUGGCGCACCAGGACAGCCUGGUGGACCAGGUUCCCCAGGUCAGCCCGGUCAGCCUGGUUUACCAGGUUUACCAGGACAAAAGGGUGAUAUUGGAUCACCGGGAAUUGGACUCCCGGGUCCUUCUGGAUCCAAAGGAUUCCCAGGUAUUCCUGGCCAGCCAGGAGCACCUGGAGGUCCAGGGAGACCAGGAAUUGAUGGUCUCCCUGGCCCACAAGGAUUUCCUGGACCCAAGGGUGAACCUGGAUUUGGACUUCCUGGUCCCCCAGGCUUACCAGGACAACCUGGACCUAAGGGUUUCACAGGACCAAAGGGAGAUACUGGUUUCCCAGGCAAUCCUGGUUCACCAGGGCGAUCUGGUUUUGAUGGAUCUCCAGGAUCAAAGGGUGAACCUGGUACACCUGGUUUGCCAGGUGCACGUGGGCAACCUGGACUACCUGGCAUUGGCUUACCAGGACCUGCAGGUCCUCCUGGACCACCAGGAUCUGUAGGACCACCAGGUUACCCAGGAGCAAAUGGAGCAAAAGGAGAUCCUGGCCCUCCAGGUCUAGACAUUCCAGGUUUACCAGGAGACAGAGGAAAUCCGGGUUUCCCAGGGCUGCCUGGACCAAUAGGAGUCCCGGGACCCCCUGGAGGACCGGGACGGGAUGGAGCACCUGGAUUCCCUGGUCAGAAAGGUGACAUGGGUCCCAUGGGAUCUCCAGGACCUCCUGGGGGACCUGGUUUACCGGGUGGGCCAGGGCCUCAAGGGCUUAAAGGUGAACCUGGAUUCCCAGGUAGAGAUGGUGGACCAGGUGCUCCUGGUAUUAAAGGAGAGAAGGGAGACGCCGGUCUGCGUGGACCCCCAGGAAUUGCCUCUCUUGAAACAAAAGGAACUAAAGGCGAUACUGGACCACCAGGGUUACCUGGGUCUUCAGGGCCAAAAGGUAUCCCUGGUCUCCCUGGAGACUCUGGAAUACCAGGAGCAGAUGGUCGCCCUGGUGUUCCUGGACCACCAGGUCCCAAAGGGGAACCUGGCAUCCCAGGUGGUCCAGGGUCUCCUGGAAUUCCAGGAUUAAAAGGCAACAUGGGAGAUAUGGGAAUUCCAGGACCUCCAGGGCCAAAAGGCACAUUGGGUAGUGUAGGUAGGCCAGGAACCCCAGGUCAGCCGGGAAUUCCAGGCCUCCAAGGGCCCAAAGGUGAACCAGGUUCAGCUGGCCUUGGACCACCAGGACUUAAGGGUCAAAAGGGUGAGUCAGGUCAGCCAGGAUUCCCAGGAAAUCAAGGACUUAAAGGAAACCCAGGACAACCUGGUCUACCAGGUUUACCAGGAAUACCCGGGGAAAAGGGUGAUCUUGGCCAUCCAGGAUUCCAAGGUCCCCCUGGUCUUCCCGGUCCUAAGGGUCUUGAUGGAGGACCUGGUGCCCCAGGCCUCAUGGGAGCUCCAGGUAGACCAGGGGAACCUGGUAGAGCAGGGCCACCUGGACUACUUGGUGAGAAGGGUCAGCCAGGUCGAGAUGGAAUCCCAGGACCAGCCGGAGUUAAAGGAGAACCAGGGCUUCCAGGUUUUGGUGGUCCUGGUCCUUCAGGUCUUCCAGGGCCACCAGGUGCUAAAGGAGACAUAGGCCCCCCAGGUCCUGCUGGUAGUCCAGGUUUUCCUGGUCCUAAAGGAGACAACGGCCAGCCCGGUGGCCCAGGUCUUCCAGGUAUUACUGGCCCCCCAGGGCCUUCAGGACAACCUCUGCAAGGUCCAAAAGGAGGCCAAGGACCUCCUGGACCACCUGGAAGAUCAGGACCACCUGGUCCAGAGGGUCCCCGUGGACUCCCAGGAAAUGGUGGUGUUAAAGGAGAGAAGGGUAAUCCCGGCGCUCCCGGCCAGCCUGGCUUCCCUGGUCAGAAAGGAGAUUCUGGUUUUCAAGGGCCUCCGGGCAACCCUGGAAAUCCUGGUGUUCCUGGUAUCAAAGGAGACAAUGGACUACCGGGCAUUCCUGGAUUCCCUGGACUAAAGGGAGAACCAGGACUGCCUGGACCAAGUGGCCUUACUGGAGAUCCUGGCAACAUUGGACAACCUGGGCUCCCUGGUGAUCCUGCUAUUGCUCCCCCUUCCUUAAGGGUGAAAGGAGAAAGAGGACCUCCUGGUCCAGCUGGCGUACCUGGGCCUCCAGGACCACGUGGUCCACCUGGUUCUGGUGGACAAUCAGGCCCACCGGGUGAAUCUGGAGAUCCUGGUUCUCCUGGUGCUACUGGUUUCAACGGCCCACCUGGGAGGAAGGGAGACACUGGGCCCACUGGUCCACCUGGCCAGCGUGGUGACAUUGGCCCCCGUGGUUCAGAUGGUCCACAAGGUCCCCCUGGCCCUCCAGGGUCAGUCUCAGCAUCCCACGGUUUCCUCAUCACCAGACACAGCCAGACUGAUGAACUGCCCUCAUGUCCAACUGGGACUAGCUCUAUCUAUGAAGGUUACUCUUUGCUGUAUGUGCAGGGCAACGAGAGGGCGCAUGGACAGGACCUUGGCACAGCUGGCAGCUGCCUGAGUCGGUUCAGCCCCAUGCCUUUCAUGUUCUGUAACAUCAACAACGUGUGCAGCUUUGCCUCCCGUAAUGACUACUCCUAUUGGCUGUCCACGCCAAAGCCCAUGCCUAUGUCCAUGGAGGCGAUCACUGGAGUGAGCAUCGAGCCUUACAUCAGCAGGUGUAGGGUGUGUGAAGCUCCUGCUAUGGUGAUUGCCGUCCACAGUCAAACCAUUCAAAUUCCCACAUGUCCUGAAAACUGGGAACCCCUGUGGAUUGGAUACUCAUUUAUGAUGCACACCAGCGCAGGUGCAGAGGGGUCCGGUCAGGCUCUGGCCUCCCCCGGUUCCUGUCUAGAGGAGUUCCGCAGCACUCCCUUCAUUGAGUGCCACGGCAGAGGGUCGUGCAACUAUUUCAGCAACUCCUACAGCUUUUGGCUGGCUACUGUAGAACGAUCAGAGAUGUUCAGGAAACCCCAGUCGGAGACCUUAAAGGCGGGCAACCUACGGUCACGCAUUAGUCGUUGUGUGGUCUGCAUGAAGAGGACGUAAUGUUACUGGCAAUAAGCUAGGGGUCCCCUGUUCAAAAACAACACAACAAAACCACAGAUGAUCCGAUAGUGGAGGACGAGUUUGAGGAUGGGGUCCAGUUGCCUGUUGACAUGGCAACAAGGUGGAAUUCCAAUGGUGCAUUGUCUUCUGGAGAGAAUUAAAACAUCUAGAAUUGAAACUAUGGUGCUACUGUGCUACACAGCUUAGAAGAAAAGCGAUAAACUGACAUCAAUAAUCUUACAUUUAAGUUUUUUUCUGAAAAAGUACCUCAUAAGUAAAAAAAAAUGUUUAAAAAAAUCCGAUGAAUGGUGCCAUGAUGGAUGGAUGAAAACAAAAGUGUUUUCUUUUUUCCCUACAUUUUUUUUACACAUUGGUGCAACAGAAAAAUGUGAUUUUUUUUGUCUUGUUCAUGAGGAGUGGAUGGUCUCCAACGGUUACCAAAUCGGCACUUUGACUUUACAACAUCCAGGACGAGAGAUGCACUGACAAGCUUUCCGCAGCGAGGCUUCUGAUUCACGCUCUUGUGUCGCUGUCUGCCACCUUUCUGUCGUUUCACGUUCGGCAGCGCUAACUCUGCUGUAUUCCACCUGCUAACCAUCAGCCUACACUUAUUUCCUACAACUCUUAUUUUGUAAGUAAUAAAAUGUGUAUAUUGUGUAAAACA